AUGGACAUACGCACUUCGAUCAAUGGUUCGAAUCAGUUGGAGUUGGGCUUUUCGCAGAACAUGGAUGCUAUUAUAAGCAUUCUCGAGGAAAAACUUGUCGAAAAUAUCGACCCUACAUGGAAGGGAAUAAUCUUGCCACUAUUAGAACAUUACAAGAAAUGA